AUGGAAACGCGAAUGCUCUCCCCUGAGGACGGCACACACCAUACACAUAAACUGCGACUUGCUUCUGGCCAUAGCAGACCUGUAUCACCCGGUACGCCAAACCCCUACGCAAAGACCUAUCCGGUGAGAAACCCAUAUGCUCAGCCUGCCGAACCUACAUCUCAGCAGCAUCAACGCUCUCCUUCGGUCCCUCAUACGCCUGAUAUCUCUGCUGUCGAUCGUGACGGAACACUGCCUGAACAGACAUUCCGUCAGGCAUCACAUCAAAACCCGUCCGAUGUGUUUCCCUCAACACCAGAACUGGCCUCAGAAAUGUCAGAGGCAGAAAGACAACGUGUUGUGGAAUCGAAAUUGCAUCUCGAACCACCCGGUAAAGCUCCAAGUCUACCGCUUGUGCAAGAAAAUUUGGAACCGACACCUCAACGCCGAACAUCGUCGCACUCUCACGUACGGAUUCCUAAAGAAACCGCAGCCCUAAGCUCACAGCCCAAAUCAUGCCAAGAUAGCACAGGUCAUCAUCGCCCGUUCGCCGCGUUCUCGAAUUGUUGUCUCAUUAGCCGCCACAACCCAUCUCCAGCAACAGUGCCCGGAAUCAGUGGUGGUAACCCAUGUGGGCUGAAGGGAGGCUAUUCCACGGCCACCUGCAACAACUCUAGGGACGCCGAAAAGGGGCCCCCCAAAUUCGAGCGUGUCGUCCUCCGAAUAGAUGGUCUCAAGUGUGGUUGCUGUGAAGGAGGACUUUCACGCGCCCUUGAUCGCAUUGCGGCUAUCCGAAACUAUCAAGUGAACACGGUUUUGGCUAGAGUGGAGUUUGACUUGGAUGUGAACAUCCUCUGUGUCGAUGAUAUCAUUAAGCUACUAACUACAAAAACGGGAUACAACUUUGAAGAGCACAUUACAUUCAAUGGACAGGUGUUAGAGGUCGUCAUCACCGACCCUUGGCGCCUGGAGCACGCUGGUCAGCCCAAAGGUGUCAUCCGUGUCGAAGCACCUGAGCGAGCCCCCUGGCGACCUCUACGCAGAUUGCGUCGACGUGACAAGAAAACGACCUUGACCGACACAUCAACAGACGAAACCGUUAAAAAUAACAACGUGAAUGAUAGUACAAAGAAUCCCACACAUGAAAUUUCAAGCAUUAGGAUAUCUCUUACGAAAAUAUACUACGAUCCGACCAAGAUAGGGGCCCGCACUGUGUUUGAGCAUUAUCAGCAGUACGAUCCGGACAUUUGCUUGGCGCCUCUGACCAUAGACCCUGGCAUUGAGCUUGGAGCCAAGCAAACAACUCGAGCUUUGCUAUGGUUUCUUCCUACAUUAGUCUUGACAAUACCUGUGCUUGUAUUCGCCUGGGCACCCGUCGAUCACGAUCAGCCGGCUUUUCUCCAUGCAUCCUUAGCUCUUGCAACACUAGUUCAGCUUGUCGCUUUCAAAGAGUUCGUUCCAGGCGCUUUACGAUCGCUCUAUCACUCCCACAUUUUGGAGAUGGACUUCUUAAUUGCCUUCAGUACCACUGCGGCGUACGGUUUCAGUCUGGCGUCGUACAUUUUUAAGAUCCGUGGGAAGACUUUGAAAAUAGGGUCUUUCUUUGAGACAUCAACUCUGCUGGUCACAUUGAUCCUGCUGGGUCGCGUCAUCAAUGAGUUCGCGCGUUUCCGAGCUACCAAAUCCGUCUCUUUUCGUUCACUUCAGAUCGAAGAAGCGAUUUUGGUGUCGCCAUGCGCCAAUGACAUCUGGGCCAAUGUGAAAACCACUCGGAUUGAUUCUCGCCUUUUACAGUACGGCGAUGCUUUCAUCGUUCCUCCUUAUACUAAGGUCGUUACAGAUGGCAUUGUCAUUUACGGAGGCUCCAAUGUCGAUGAAUCGAUGAUUACUGGGGAGUUCAAGCCCAAAGCGAAAGGCUUAUCCUCCGAAGUUUUUGCUGGCACGACCAACCAAGACGGCUCUCUUGUCGUUAGUCUGAGGAAGCUGCCUCAUGAGAACUCUAUACAAAAGAUUGCGACUCUAGUUGAAAAUGCUGGGCUGAGCAAACCAAAAGCUCAAGCCGUUGCGGAUCGCGUAGCCGAGUACUUUGUGCCCGUCAUAGCUCUAAUCGGUCUAGCGGUCUUUCUAUACUGGCUGUUCAUCGACAGGUAUUUUAACGAGCACACGUGGAAGAGCGCAGUCCUUACGGCAAUCACUUACGCCAUAGCGACUCUUGUUGUGUCAUGCCCAUGUGCUAUUGGUCUAGCUGUUCCUAUGGUUAUCCUCAUUGCAAGUGGUGUGGCAGCAAGGUAUGGUAUCAUUCUCAGAGACCCUCAGAAGCUAGAGCUCGUCGGCGAAGUGACGGAUGUAGUAUUUGACAAGACUGGAACGCUUACUUGUGGGAGAUUGGACAUUGUGGGCGUCCCACGAUACCGCAAUACUGACAGAGCACGCGUCAAGGGACUAAUGAUGGGACUAUUGAAAGAUAUAAAGCACCCAGUAGCCGUUGGAAUUAUGUAUUACCUCAUGCAAGACAGAAUUGCCAACAAAUACUACGAACCUCUGGAGGUCAACAACAUUGUCAGCUUUCCUGGGCAAGGAAUCCAAGGCACUUGCGCAAAAACCGGAGCCGUGGUUCGCGCCGGAAAUGCCGACUGGCUAAAGAUCAGCGUGAUUGGACAAGAAUCAAACACGAGGUGCUACUUUACGAUUGCGGGAGACCUUCAAGCCAGUUUUGAGCUUAAAGAUCGCACUCGCCCUGGAGCGGAGAUGGUUAUUGAAAAGCUUCAUGGUCGAGGUAUCCAAGUACAUAUAGUCAGUGGUGACACCGAGAGUGCAGUAGAUGACACUGCCAGUGCACUCCAUAUUCACAAAGACAACAUAAAAUCGCGCUGCAGACCCGAUGGGAAGUGCACCUACAUCAAAGACCUUCAGGAAUCGGGAAAAAUCGUCAUGUUUAUAGGCGAUGGCACAAACGACUCUGCUGCACUCAAGCAGGCUGAUAUUGGCGUACACAUCAGCCAGGGAUCUGAUGUCGCCAAAAGUGCUGCGGACAUCAUUCUAAUGACCACCCGUCUACAUGACAUCUUGAUAUUGCUGGACAUUUCCGAUGCUGCAUACCGACGCAUUGUCGCCAACUUCACCUGGUCCGGUCUAUACAACACUGUCGCAAUCGCGCUUGCAUCUGGCGUUUUUGUCCAAGUAGGCCGUCAGAUCAGGAUCAAACCGCAAUGGGCUGGGUUGGGUGAGCUCAUUAGCGUGUUGCCAGUACUCUUGAUCGCAUUUCAGAUGCAGUGGCGUGACUAUGGGAGUACUUACCGAUUGAUUGAGAACGAUUAUCAAAAAUUUGAAGCGCCCAAACGUGAGCGUGUCGUUCGAACUCGCCAAAGCUCUUCAAUGGAUAGCGCAGAGCGUUGCGAGAUUUCAUCGCCCAGGUUGGCGAAGAUUGAUGCUGUGACGAGUCCAUCAUGCUCUCAGUGUCAGUCUGCUUCGACUGAAUGCCAUUACCAAGAAGGUGGAAAACGCGGACUACCUGCUGCUUACAUCAAAGCUCUUGAGGAGCGACUGGCAGCAACCGAAACCGCACUCUCUACCACUCUUAUCGCCAUUCGGAACUCGGCCACCGAACACAACAUAGAUGCUCACUUAAAAGGCGCGGGCUCCAAUUCGCUACUACGACAACGCUCAAAGGCAGAGAAAAUGGAAGAUUGGAAGCGCUUGCCGCUGCAGACACGCGAUCAAUUGAUGGCGUGGCUUCAAGCUCAAGAGGACGAGGGUCUGGCAGCAACCACCGCACCUCAAACAAACUAUAAUGAAUCAACGCCUGAGCUCCAAAUCCACGCUGCAGCGCCGCCAAGGACGGUUCUGGAGCAUCUGGAGACUUGCAAUCAGCCAACAGGCCCAAAUUCUUUGGGUUGCUCCCCAGAUUCCAGGCGAUGGACAGAAAAUUACUUCUAG